AUGGCUUCUUAUAGAAUUGUUUUUCUUCUUAUCCACUUGUUUUGCACAUCAUCUGCGCAGACUGUCCAAAAUACCAAUUGUAGAGCGCUGCCUGGAGACCAAUCAUGGCCAUCUGCAACAGAGUGGAACAAUCUCAACAGUACAGUCAAUGGUAGGCUUGUAGCUACCGUGCCCAUCGCAAGCCCUUGCCAUGAACCUAACUACAGCGCGACGGAAUGCGCAUAUUUACAAGCGAACUGGGCGAACCCAAGUCUGCAUUGGAAUUCAUCUUCCUCCUUGAUAGCUCCAUACUUUGCGACACUUGGAAAUCAGAGCUGCAACCCUUUUUCUUCCGAACAAAGUCUUUGUAGCUUGGGAAAUUUGGUUAAUUAUGCUGUCAAUGUGUCGACACCCAAUGAUGCCGUUGCUGCCAUUCAAUUCGCUAAGAAUCAUAACAUCCGUUUUGUAAUCCGGAAUACUGGUCACGAUUAUUUGGGCAAGUCAACUGGUGCAGGCUCAUUAGCUGUUUGGACUCACAACUUGAAGAAUAUAUCAUUUUCUGACUGGAAAUCUGACUAUUUUACCGGAAAGGUCAUGAAGAUUGGUGCUGGCAUUCAAGGGUUUGAAGCAUUAGAAGCUGCUCAUGAUGCAGGUUUUGUGACGGUAGGUGGUGAAUGUCCGACAGUUGGAAUCGCCGGAGGCUAUACACAAGGAGGUGGUCAUUCGGCACUCUCUAGCAAUUUUGGUAUGGGUGCUGAUCAAGCGCUUUCGUGGGAAGUUGUAACGGCCAGUGGCAACGUGGUCACUGCCUCACGAACCGAAAACAAAGACCUUUAUUGGGCUUUAAGUGGCGGUGGGGGUGGUACAUAUGGAGUCAUCAUAUCUCUAACCGUGAGAGUACAUCCUGACACUGUAGUCAGUGGUGCCUCUUUGGCAUUUUCGGCAACCGGCGGCAACACGAGUAUUGAAACUUUCUGGAAAGGUGUUGAAGCCUUUCAUACUUAUCUUCCUGGAAUGGUCGAUGCAGGAACUAUGGUUGGCUAUGGAGCUUCGUCUUCAGUUUUCCGAAUUAUUGGUAUGACGGCAUACAAUAAGACUAAAGCUGACGUCCAAGCUCUCUUAGCCAAUUUCACCGACAAACUCACAACUCUUGGUAUUAAUUUUACAGUCGCGUACACACAGUACCCAACAUAUCUUGACCACUACAAUCAAUCUCUUGGGCCUCUCCCUUAUGGUCCCUGGGGUGGACCAGGAGUCAAUACCGGUGGUGGUCGAUUGAUAUCAAGAAGUGUCGUACAGGAGAAUAACAAAGCUUACGUCGCAACUAUUCGUAAUGUCACGAAUGCGGGUAUCCCUUACACAGGCGUAGCUCUGAACGUCUCAUCUCCUCAUAUUAUAUCUACUGCCGAUAAUGCUUUACUUCCAGCUUGGCGUGAUGCCCUCAUCCAUGUCAUCUUGACUAUACCAUGGAACUAUUCUGCGCCAAUAUCUGAGAUGGUAGCUGCUCAAUAUCAUAUGAUAAAUGAGAUCAUCCCACAAUUCGAAGUACUCACUCCUGGGGGAGGUACUUAUUUGAACGAAGGUAAUUUCAGACAGCCAGACUGGCAGCAAACUUUCUAUGGGAAGAACUACCGCAAGUUACUAGGAUAA